AUGGUGCGUGCAACGGUGCGGUUGGUGAAGACCAAGAACUGCUUUGUCAACAUCCCGGCUCAUGUGGCAAGAGGCCUGGACGGAGCAUCGGAGGGAGCGGUUAUCCUGCGGUUAUCUUGGGAUGGAGCAGUGGCAGAGGCGGCGGCUACGACCACCCCAUCGUGGGCAUUCGCUUCUUGGAAUGGGGGGAUCAGCGACGCGCAAAGUGGCGCUAUCGAGGUCCCCCUCGCGCUGGCGCAAGUCUUGGGGCUGGCCGCGGCUCUCGACGCGGACUCCUACCUGUCGGUAGCGGCGGAGCCCGCGGGCUACGUCCCCACCGCCUCCCGCGUGUGCCUUGAGCCGCUCUCUUGCGACGACUGGGAGAUCCUGGAGGCCAACGCGGAGCACUUGGAGGGCCACAUGCUAACACAGGUGUGCGUAGCCUACACCGGCCAGGUUAUGCCCAUCUGGGUCCACAACACUUCGCUCAUCAGCCUCCAAGUCGUGUCCGUCGAGACUCCGGGCGGCGCACCCGCUGCUGGCUGUGUGAGACUCACCGCCGAUACGGAGGUGGCCGUCUCGCCGAAACCUCGACGUCGAAGGCGUUCGCGGGAAGGGGAACCAAGACGACAGCGGUUUCGCUCGAGCGGGCUCCUAAGGGUAGCCCCUCCCCCCCCCGGCUGGAAGCUAGAAGAAACAGCAUUGGCGCGUAACAGUGGUGGCAGUGGCUGUGGCCGGCCGUACGUUCUCGCGCACCCCGCCACACUGACGGAAAUCGACGGGUGGAACAGCAGUCCAAGCUCCCGAGCCCCUUGGCCUUCCCCCACCUUCGGCGACGUCGGUUCUGCGGUGCCUCCUCCGACGACCUCCCCCCCCAACGAAGCACUGGCCGUCCUCUGGCGGGACGGUUCGUCAUCGCCCGGACCGGGGAACGGCAGGGGGGCCGGUGUUGGGCAGGGAGGAGGGGGGGGUGGGGGGCCAGGAGGAGAGCGACACCACGAGACACUCGAUGGCAACGGUGGAGCGGCGGCAUUGCGUCUUGGAGGCGGCGGUGGCGAUUCAACAGCGGCGGCGGCGGGUGCCAGAGGCUCUUGCGGCGGAAGCACCGGCGGCGGGAUGGUGGUUGUCCUGCGGGAGGAUGCUCGGGUUCCUCCCGGUCACGUCGCGGAGGCGGUGCGGGACGGGGGGAGAUCGGGGCUGCUGUUUGGGAGGACCGGGCUGGCUUUGCUACGGCGCGUUGCGAGAGUCAGGGUCCUCUCCGUCGCAGAAGGUGCCACCGUGCUGCCGAGGGUUGUUGCUCCAAAUGGCAGAACGAGUACCGGUUCCAAGGGCGUCACUGCCCGAACCGUCGGCAACUACCCCGCACCAACGUCGGCGCCGGGGUGUGUAGAGGCGGCAGCAGCCUCACGCGAGACGCUGCGGCAGAUGCUUUCGUACGCGUGGAGAGGAGGGGAACCUGAUACUGGGGUUGUUUGCCGCUCGCGUGGGGUGCCCAGUGGAGGCGCCGGUGGAGCGUUGUCGGCCCCCGGCGGCUUGUUGUCACGGCAUGGGGGCGGUGUGGAGCCAGGGAGCGCUGGAUUUUCGUCCAAAAACACGCCGGCGGCGGCGGCGGGGUUUCCACUCCCGACGGAGGAGUCGUCGGUGACGGGGUCCGGCCAAGAGGAGGAGGCGGCGGGGGCGUUGCGGUACGUCGUGCUCGCCUGCCAGGAGGACGUAGACCGCGCCGUGGGGGAAGCGCUCGUAGGGCCCGAUGUUGCUCCUCCUCCGGGUUGGCACGAGACGACGGCGGUGGGGGAGGGAGGCGACGGAGUGCUUGGAGGCGUCGAAGAGCAGAUGCGGGCAGUAUCCAACCUCCUCGCCCCCGUCCUUGUUAGACCAGUGGCCGCCGCCCGCGGCCGACUGGGGGUUUCCGCACCGGCCGGCGGCGUCGUCCUUCACGGGGCUGCGGGGGCGGGAAAGACGGCGCUGGCGCUCGCAAUGGCCCGGAGAUUGCGGGAGUCGUACUUGUCGAUGGCGGGCACGGAGCUGGUGUCGUGCCGUGACCUGCAAGGGAGGAAGAUGGCGGACGUACUGGGGGCUCUGGAAGAGGCCUUUUCUUCCGCGAGCCGCCACGCCCCAUCGCUGCUGGUGUUGGACGAUCUGGACAAGAUAGCUCCGGCUGAGGGGGAUGAGGGCGCCGGCGCGUUCAACGCACAGGCGGCUCGUAUUGCGGAGCGGCUGGAGGACCUCCUGGCACAGGCGUCAGGAGGUACGGCGGCCGUGGGCGUCCUGGCGACUGUGGGUUCGGUGGCCUCCCUCAAUCCGCGCCUCACGCGCUCCGGCAUGCUUGACGCACAGGUGGAGAUUCCGCCCCCGAGGCCGGCGGCCCGGGCGUCGAUGCUCAAGUCUCUGUUGCGCGGGCUGGGGGCUGCAGGGUCUGCCGCUGCCGCCGGGUCUCACGUACACGGGAGGCGCGGGACCUUCGAAGCCUGUCAGCGGGACGUCUCUAAAGAAGCAUUGGAAGAAGAGUAUGAUGGUGAUGGUGAUGAUGAUGAUGAUGGAGGCAUCGAUUGGGAGUACCUGUCGUCCAAGACGGAGGGGUGUCAAGCCAGGGACCUAGCGAAGCUGGUGAAGAGGGCGGUCUUAAACUCCGCUCUCCGGCGAAUGAAGGAAGCCGACACGGAAGUCACCAUCUCUUCCGCCCUCGCAGUCCCCUCCGCACGGGAGCACCAGCACCGUCGCCGGCAACGCACGGCGCUGCCGCCUUCGAGAGUAGCGAUCAAUGGCGGCACCGUGAGGGUCGAAGGCGGCGACUACGGCAAGGGAAGUCACGACGGCAGCGCAUUGAACGGCGACGCUCCUUGCGGAGCUUCAACGAACGGCAGUCAUAACUACCACCCGCCCUCCACCUAUCGAGAUAACCAUGGCUCUUCCAGUGGAAACUUACGGCAUGUGACGGUUGGUGACACGGGGGAGGGCAGCAGCAGCGGCCACGCGCGAGACCCACAGGGGGCUGCGCACCUGGGGGGUAGAUGCGGGGUCGGUGUCGACAUGGAGGACCUGGAGGCUGCGCUCGAGGGUUUUUCGGCCGAGUCGCUACGGGGGGCGGGGUUGUUCCGGUCAAGCGUGGAGUGGGGUGAUGUCGGGGGGUUGAGCGGGGUCCGUUCGGAGCUGCGGGAGAUUCUCGAGCUUCCCGUCAAGUACGGCCGGCUGUUCGAGGCCACGCCUACACGCCUCCCGACGGGGGCGCUUCUGUACGGCCCGCCGGGCUGCGGCAAGACUCUGCUGGCUGGAGCCGUGGCUGCCGAGUGCGGCCUGAACUUUAUCAGCGUCAAGGGUCCAGAAGUACUGGACAAGUACAUCGGCGCCAGCGAGCAAGCGGUUCGGUCUCUGUUCGCAAGGGCCGCGUCCGCAGCUCCAUGCGUGCUGUUCUUCGACGAGUUCGAGGCUGUGGCUCCACGCCGCGGCAACGAUAACACCGGGGUGACCGACCGAGUGGUGAACCAGCUGCUGACGUUUCUGGACGGGGUCGAAGGAAGGGACGGCGUCUACGUCCUCGGGGCCACCAGUCGGCCGGACCUCAUCGACUCGGCCCUCCUCAGACCGGGCCGACUCGACCGGCAGCUGUACUGCGGUUUCCCGGACGCCGCCGAGCGGGAAGACAUUCUCCGCGCGUGUUGGGAGCAUGCGUUUGAAGCGCAACGCCGAGGAGGAUGCGCGCUGACGGGCCGAUUAUUCGUGGUGGAUGGCCACCACUCUUGCCGGCGUUAGUUGUCUGCACAUGUUCCGCGUGCUGGUAGCAGUCUAGCCGUAUCUCUGUCCGUAUUGCACCCAUUUCACGCGAAUGUGCGUGCGACGUGCCAGGCAGACGCAUUCCCCCAUUCGGCAUGAAUCCGAUACCACCUCCCAUUAUCAGCGCUUCAUUCUGUGGUUUUCAUGAGAAUUUGGCGGGACCUGGCUCGUUUUUUUCUGCGCCGACGAAUGACGAGAGCUAUGUUUUCACCGCGUUCCCUCCACCCAUUGUAUGGCCACUA